AGCGUGUCAAACAAAACAUUAGUUGAAAAUCUCUACGCCAGUUCGUCCAAUCCCUGUAACCCCACAAGCCAUUUUCUUCUCUCUUGACGUAUUGCUUUUUACAAGCAGGUUCUAGACAACUUAAUAUUUACCUUUCUAGCCUUGUUUUCUAAGUCUUCAGCAAAAACCCAUCUCAAUACAAACUUGGAUUGUUAGGCCAUGGCCAUGUCGAUUACAAGCACAACAACAGCAGUUGCUCCUUGUAACUCUAGGCAUCUGCAGGCUUCAAGUUUUGGUCCUAGUUGUCUCAGUACAAAUCGCAGGGACGGCAGAUGCCAUUUUCUUGGAAACAGAAGCUUCUUGCAGUCGAUCACGAAGGUCCAAAAUGGCACCAAGAUAAAGAUGGAUGUGGUUGUCAAUGGUGUUGAACCUGGAACUCCUCUGCCUUCUGAUCCUUCUCCUGGGACUUCUUGGAAAUUAUGGCUCGUGGGGAUACUUAUCUCAGUAGUUGUACCCUUUUGGAAGAACAAAUGGUGGCCAUUGCAAAAGUUCAGAGAGCAAGUCGAAACGACGCUCGAUUCAGUAGAAGAUGUGGCAGAAUUGGUGGAGAAGGUGGCCGGGGAAGUGGAGAAGGUAGCCGACGACAUUGCUGAUCAUCUUCCUCAGGGAGAUCUUCAAAAGGCAGCAAGGUUUGUUGAGAAUGUGGCAAGAGAAGCAGCCAAGGAUGCGUCGCUAGCUGACGAUCUCAUUGAGAAGGUUGAGGAUGUAGAAAAGGAGGUGGAUUCUAUCAUCGAUCAGGCCAAUGAGAAAAUCAAAGCAUCUGACGAUACUGAAAAGGAGACAGCAAAAAUCAAAGACGCCACUGAUAUCAAAAAUAAGAUAACAGAGAUCAAAGAAGCAAAUAAUAUUAAAAAAGGAGACAAUUAAACCCUGAGGCAGCUUGUGGCUCAAUGUAACAACAAUUCUUGCAUUUUAUUCAUUUUUAUUAUGUUAUUAAAUUAAUCGUCUUAUGAGGAAUUAGGGUUUAAGAAUUAUUGUACCUAUAUGUAAGAUUAUAUGUUGAUGAAAUAUAAGUUCUAGUUAGUUUUGUAAAUUACAUAAAUUUGAUUUAGUGGUA